CACGUGAGCUUCGGUUUUUGGCACUAAUAAACCUCUCUUCUCAAUCUUCACAUUCUCCCUCUCCCAAUCUCGCCAUAACAAUGCACCACCACAACACAAAAUCUCCGAGUUCAGCGUUAAUCAGACAGCGAAAUGACAGAGUUAAAUUCGAUCUGAACCUCUGAAAUCCCCAUCUCCAUCUCCCUUUUCCUCGAUUGCUUCAAGAUUGGGGAAAAACCAAAGCUAGAAGUGGAAUAAAGCGAAGAAACACAAAAAAGGAAGCAACUUGACAGCUCCCACGAGCCGGAAAAAUGGGCCCAGCUUCGGCGGCGGUGGAAUGGCUUCUCGGCUCGCCUGCUGACGUCAUCGCGCCGGUUUGGAAUGCGGUGAAAUCGUAUGGAAUAGUGCCGGUGUUGAGAUUCUCUCUCUACCUCUGCUUGCUGUGGUCGUUCUUGCUGUUUGUGGAGUGGGUUCACAUGAUGUUCCUCGCUGCUCUCGCCAAGCUGAUGCGGAGAAGGCACGCGGAGAGGUACAAAUGGGAGCCGUUGAGGGAUGAUUUGGAAGGUGGGAGCCUCGAUUUCCCCAUGGUUCUUGUCCAGAUACCGAUAUACAAUGAGAUAGAGGUGUACAAGAUCUCCAUUGGUGCAGCGUGUAGGCUGUCUUGGCCAGUUGAUAGGUUGGUGGUUCAAGUUUUGGAUGAUUCUACUGAUCUUGUUAUUAAGGAUAAGAUUGAGAAAGAGUGUAUGAGGUGGGCGAGUGAAGGCAUAAACAUUAGGUACCAGCUUCGAGAAGGUCGAAAGGGGUACAAGGCGGGGGCUCUCAAGGAAGGGCUGAAGCGGGACUAUGUCAAAGAGUGUGAGUAUGUUGCCAUCUUUGAUGCUGAUUUCCAGCCGGAGGCAGACUUCCUUCGACGAGCCAUGCCUGUCCUGAUUCACAACCCAGAGGUCGCACUUGUGCAGGCUCGCUGGAGGUUUGUGAAUGCAAAUGAAUGCUUCUUGACAAGAAUGCAGGAAAUAUCAUUGGACUUCCAGUUUGUAAUUGAGCAAGAAGGAGGAUCAUCCAUUCAUUCCUUCUUCAGUUUUAACGGAAGUGGUGGAGUAUGGAGACUCGGGGCAAUAGACGACGCUGGAGGUUGGAAUGAUCGAACCACUGUAGAAGAUAUGGAUCUUGCUCUCCGAGCUGGACUCAUGGGCUGGAAGUUUGUUUUCCUAGGCGACAUUGAGGUUAGGAGUGAACUUCCUAGUACUUUCAAGGCCUAUCGCUCUCAGCAGCAUCGGUGGUCCUGUGGUCCAGCCAAUUUGUUCAGAAAGAUGGUGAUCGGAAUUGUAAAGAACAAGGAUAUAUCGCUCUCACGAAAGUUCUACAUGAUAUAUAACUUCUUCUUCAUCCGGAAGGUCGUGGGAACUAUGUUUGCCUUCGUUUUUUACUGUGUGGUGCUGCCCUUGGUUAGUCUGAUGCCUGAAGUUGAUUAUCCUAAAUGGGGUGCCAUUGUGGCUACUUUGAUAAUUGCCACCGUAAACACGAGCAUCUCGACUCCAAGAUCAUUCUAUAUGGCCAUUCCUUGGGUCCUUUUCGAGAACAUAAUGUCGUUUCAUCGCACCAAGGCUUUGAUGAUCGGUCUGUUCGAGGCCAAGAGGGCAAACGAAUGGAUUGUCACUGAGAAACUAGGAGACGCCUUCGAGGGCAAAUCCAGAGCUGAAUUCAGUGCACCAAAGGGUUCUCGACAGCUUAAGCAUCUCCGAGAGAGAAUACUACUACAGGAGCUGGGAAUUGCUUCGUUUCUUUUCGCUUGUGGAUGCUACGGGAUCUUCUAUGGGCACGAUAGAUACUACCUGUAUCUCUUCCCUCAAGCCAUCUUCUUCACUAUUGCUGGGUUCGGCUACUUUGGCACGAUAGUCCCGAGCUGCCCCGAGCUCUCUUAGCAGCAGCCGGGGUCUUUCCUGAUAAUUAGCCAAGAAUAGGACUAACUUAGAACUGCUGACACAUUACUAGCAAGAUUUGAGUUGAAUUAUUGUGCUUCAGUUUUGCCAGAAAUUUGUGAUUCUUAUUAUGCCAACCAUGAUUCUUGAGAAUAAAACUAGCUACAACACCAUAUUUGUUGACCAUUAUUUUGGUUAUUGGAUAUUGAAGAUUCCUGUUGUAUUGGAUCUUGAUUUCCUGUUGUAUUCAUUUGGUGUUAUUUUGAA